AGCCUGAGCUGGAGCAGCCGCUGCCGCCGCCGCAGCUGCGGGAGCGUAGCGCCUGGGGCUGGAAGAGGAAGACCAUAAACCAGAAUUCAGCUAUAUGAAGACUGUGAAGAAGCACUUGGGUGAUAAUUUUGAAUGGUGUUCCAGCUGGACUUGUUUUGUAGAGCACUUGAAAUGAACCUCUCUCAUUUUUUGUUAUUGACCUGGAACCCCUAGUACUGGAAUACAUUGACUUCACAACAAUAAGAAAUAAUACAGGUUGUCAUUGUCAUCAAAAACAUAACAGUUGUGAUGGUGAAAUGAGAUGAGGCUCCGAAAUGGAACUGUGACAACUGUGUUAGUUUUUAUCACUUCAUUCCUCAGUUUGUCUUGGUAUAUUUCAUGGCAAAAUGGAAAAGAAAAGUUGAUUGCAUACCAGCCAGAAUUUCAUGCCUUGAAACAACGUCUCCGUAUAGCUGAACAUAGAAUCUUGCAACGUUCUUCUGAACUAAAUGCAAUCUUAGAACAAUUCAGACGUGUAAUAGCAGAAACAAAUGGAACCAAGGCUGCAUCAAGUAAUUUUUCAGAUAAUACCCUAAAACUGUUAAAAGACUUAAUGAACAGAAAAUCUCUUCAAGUGCCAAAUAUUUAUUACCAUUUGCCUCAUUUAUUGGACAAUGAAGGAAGCCUUCAACCUGCUGUGCAGAUUGGUUUUGGAAGAGCAAGAGUUUCAAUAGUAAUGGGAAUUCCCACAGUGAAGAGAAAAGUAAGGUCUUACCUUGUAGAAACUCUUCAUUCUCUUAUUGAUAAGUUAUCUCCUGAAGAGAUGUUGGACUGUAUUAUAGUAGUUUACAUAGGAGAGACGGAUCUAGAUUAUGUACACAGUGUUGUAGCCAUUCUGGAGAAAGAAUUUUCUACGGAAAUCAAUUCUGGUUUGAUGGAAAUAAUAUCCCCUCCUGCGACUUAUUAUCCUGACUUUACAAACUUAAAGAAGACAUUUGGAGACUCAAAAGAAAGAGUAAAGUGGAGGACAAAGCAAAACUUGGAUUAUUGUUUUCUUAUGAUGUAUGCUCAGGAAAAAGGCAUUUAUUACAUUCAGCUUGAAGAUGAUAUUGUUGUUAAGCAGAAUUACUUCAGUACGAUAAAGAAUUUUGCACUUCAGGUCUCCUCUGAAGACUGGAUGAUUUUGGAGUUUUCCCAGCUUGGAUUCAUUGGUAAAAUGUUUCAAGCAUCAGAUAUCACUUUGAUUGUAGAGUUCAUAUUUAUGUUUUACAAGGAGAAACCUAUUGAUUGGCUUUUAGACCAUAUACUUUGGGUGAAAGUCUGCAAUCCUGAAAAAGAUGCAAAACAUUGUGAUAGGCAAAAAUCAAAUCUACGAAUUCGAUUCAGGCCUUCCCUUUUCCAGCAUGUUGGUUUGCACUCGUCACUAGAAGGAAAAAUUCAGAAACUCACAGAUAAAGAUUUUCUGAAGCCAUUACUUCACACAAUGCAUGUAAACCCACCUGCAGAAGUAUCUACUUCUCUGAAGGUCUACCAAGGACACACAUUGGAAAAAACUUACAUGGGAGAGGAUUUCUUCUGGGCUGUUACCCCAAUUGCUGGGGACUACAUAUUAUUUAAAUUUGAUAAGCCAGUUGAUGUGGAAAGCUACUUGUUCCAGAGUGGCAAUCCAGAACAUCCAGGAGAUAUACUGAUAAAUACAACUGUGGAAGUUUUGCCUUUUAAGGGUGAAGAGUUGGAAAUAAGCAAAGAAACCAAAGAUAAUCAAUUAGAAGAUGGUUAUGUCAGAAUAGGAAAAUUUGAAGGUGGUGUGGCAGAAGGGAUGGUGGACCCCAGUCUAAACCCCAUUUCAGCCUUCCGUCUCUCAAUUACACAGAAUUCUGCUGUUUGGGCUGUUCUUAAUGAGAUUCAUAUUAAAAAGGUUCCAAACUGACCAAGUUCCCUUAGGAAGUCAAGAUCAUUUCAGACAAACGAUCUUAAUGGGACUUUUCAGCUCUGAAAUUGAUUCCCUGUAAGAUUGUUCUUCAAGGAAAAAAAGAUGUUAGAACAAAUUCAAGACAAUGAAGCAUGUUUCUGUUCUCUUUUGUAUUUCACUUGAAUACUACCUCUUGUGAAAUCUACUGUAGAUAAGAUUGUAUUAAGCCUUUUUGUCAGAUCAAUUCAGAAAACUAAUCUCCCAUCCAUAAUAUUCACAUGAAGCCUGAGUCCUUUAUUUGAACAUCAUUUGUACAUUUUACAGUCACAUUGUGUUUGUUUGUAUUAUCUUGUAUUAUUUUGGUGUUUUCCUAAUACGUAAGAGGUGUACAUAUUGCUACAUUCCUUCAAUAUAAGAGGAAUGUUAAAUACAUUUUAUGAAGGGGGUACUUUUGGAUUUCAUUUAUUUUACUAUUGCAAACCCCCUUUUAUAGAUUAUCAGGGAUAUAUAUGUAUAAAUAUAAAUAUACAGAAAACCAUUAAGUUAAUUUAUUGAAAUUAUUUGAGGAGUAAAUAUUUUGGUGCAUAAACUCUGAAUUACUUUUUAAAAACAGAUUACACCUUGCUUUGUUAAGUUUUAUGUAUUUUUUUUUGACAAUGAAAACAUUUCAAAUGGUAAUGUCUUUUCAAAUGUACUGCCAGUAUAAAUAAUUCCAGAUGGGUUUCCUAAAUGAAGUACUUUUGUAUCCUAAAGGAUCUGAAAUAGUGUAUUUUCAAAGGCAUCAUCAUUCCUUAAAUCCCCUUGUUUUGAAGAUCAGUUUCUAUGUGGGCUGUAACACUGUACUGUGUACAGGGUAAGGCCAUAUACAAAGCAGUUUGCUAAAUUUUGGCGUACAAAUGUGAUACGUUAAAAAUAAAAUAACAGGCUUAAUGUUUCCCUGUUAUGCAUUGAAACAAGUUGUAUUUUAUUUUUGAUCUUUGUAAUCAGCUCAAUAUUCCUUUCAUUAAAUAUUACCUAGAUAUAUAUACAUUCAUGUUUUAUAAGUUUGGACAAAUUUUUUGGUAACACUUGUAUCAAAUUUUUUUCUAGGAAAUGUUAUCGCAUUUACAAAUUUAAAGACAAAUGAUAUGAGAUUUUUAGUGAAAGGUACUGUUGCAGCCAUAUUGUAUUUCUCCACUGAUUUAAUUUGCAUUUUAAAGUUACAGCCCUAGCAUCCAAGAAACAUAAUUACAUAAUUGAUAUACAUGUAAUUCCAAAAUUACCAUUUCGUAUAGGUUUUUGUUUUUUAAUCAGCUUCAGAAAUUAUCUUUGUAAAGCUUUUCCUUUUAUUAAAGAAGAUAAAAGUCUAAGGAUGAUGGAAUAUGUAAAUAUUUUGAUUCAUUUCAUGUUGGUUUUCUUGCUCAUAACUUCCUGCCAAAAUUUUUUUUUAAAAGAUGCUAAAUUUCCAAGUUCAAUUUAAACUUUGCCUUUGGGUUUAGUUAUUUCUUAGUCAGUUUGGUCAAAUUCCUAAAGCAGAUGAUUUGAAAAGGAAGAAAAAAAUUUUAGACCUUUCUGGUGUACUAGGAGUCUUCUUAAUUGGCUGUUACAGUAGUUAAUAGAAUCAUUCUAAGUGCCAAGAGCCCUUCAAAUGCAGCCUCCACCAGCUGAAUUAUAUUUAACUACUUUGUGACAAGAUUGGGGAACUCAAAAAAGAGCAUUGUGAAGCAUGUAUAGUUGCUAUUGCACCUUGCCAUUUUAAAAUGAAUUCCAGUCAGCCUGGUGGUCUUCCCCAUCCCCUUUCUUCAGAUCCUUAUUGGUUAAAUCACAGCUCAGAUCCCACCUCCUUCUCCUUGAAGCCUUUAGCAAUCAAUUACUUCCCUCUACUGAACACGUUAUACCGUACCACAUAUUUGUAUAUUUAAGAAGUUCUGCCAUCAUUUCAGACAUGUUAAAUGUCUUCUCUACCAGAUUUUCAGCUCUUGGAGAGUAUCUAUUUCUUUCUUACACAUUUUCUCUUUCAUGAAUCACUUUCUCUUCCUCUUUUUCUACCUCUGUUCCUCUCCUCCCACUUCCUUUCUAUAAGAGGCAGCAUGGAGUAGUUACUUAAUCCCUUAAACUCUAGGUAGUGAAAGUGCAGAUCUGCAGGGGUAGGAGUUUUCUUACUUUGGGCUCCCUAUAUUAAUGACAUCAUGGGUCCCAGCCCCGAAUCCUUUCUCCUGAUUUGUUCCUGCAUACCCCAUGAUGCCUGGGCACAGCACUAGGCAUAAAGGUGCUCAAUAGACACUUUUUGGUUGGUUUGUUCACUGUUUCUCCUAUUUCUAGUGCAGGUCAAAUGCCUUCACAUAUUAAGGGCUCUUCAGCAUGGCACAAAGAUCCUUGUAAAACAGUUUAGUUCUUCAGAGUGAGGUUAGGUUUUAAAGUGUAAAAGGCAGAACUGUGUUGUAGUAAGAGAUAACUUGAAGGGAAGAUAUCUGGAUUGUGAAGAAUAGGUGAAUGUUUCUAAGUUUAUCAUGACUCAAAUCUACUUUUGUUUAUGUUGAGUAAUGGUAUAUUUAGUUUUAUAUUCAGAACAAGAACUUUUGUGAAAAAUGUUUUCACAUGUGUCAGAAAACAUUUAGAUACUUGGAGUGUGCUAACAGUAAUAACAUUUUAGUUGCACUGGUAACUCAAGGUCAAAGCACAUGGCCACAUAUAUGUAUAUAUAAUUUGUAUUUGAGAAUUAUCCAAUGGUGAAAGCUAUUGGAAAAUUAUUAUUAAAUGUGUUUUAAAGUGGAAAAAAGCUUUCCACAGUGUUUUGUUUUGGAAAGAACUAGGUUUUUUUUGUAAAGUAACAAAACUCUGAAGGCUGCUUUAGAGGAUUUAAAAAUCUGUAGCUUUCACAAAGCAAGCUGUUUGAUAUCAACAUCUACCAGGUUUCUAGGAAAGACUGGUCAUUCACAGUUUUAAGAAAGACUAUUAUAGAAGUGAGACAAAAAAGGGAAGCUGUCAUGUUGGAUAUUCAGAGACAGGUGAAUAUAUAUCAUAACCUAGCAGUCAUAUCCCUAAAGCUUUAUCCUGUACAUUCUCUUCCAUGAACAUUAUAUAGGCUUAAUUGGGAGAUCAGUAACCAGAGAUUGCAGGUGGAAAAUUAUUAGCACAUCCAAAUUAAGUGUUGGAACCAUUGUGUAGUUACAGGAUCCCCAAAUUUGUGUUAGUGACAGGUAAAAAAGUACACGAUAGCUUUCUUUCUGGAAAGGAUAGUAUAUGAUUAAGUUCUAGAAGGUAUAGUAAUCAUUAAUUAAGACUACUCCUGAAUUUGAACCAUUAUUGUCUAAACCCAUUUUGGAAUUUUAAAUUGGACACCCACAUUUGGAGUAGUAAAAAUUACUUUUCACCAUGCAGUGGUCAGACUAUAUGGAAGGACUUGGAGGGAAGAACUAAUAUUUGGUUAUUUUAUAUUUGUCUUUAUCAUGCAGUAUAAAACAGUUGUACUAAUUUGUGUAUUUUGUAUAUUGGAAACUAUUCGAAAUACCCAUAAUCAAUUACUUCACAUGUCUAACGGUAUUCUUAAUUUUGUUAUAUCGAUUAUUUUCGUGCUUGUCUAAUAUUGCCAUACCCUCUGGAUUCACAUAGUGAGACUUACAGAAAUAAAAGAAAGAAAAUAAGAGAAUAACUAUUAAUAAUGUGGCCAGAAAUGCCAUUCAAAAAAUCCACUCAAUUUUCCUUAAAAGUUGGUUUUAAUUUGUUGCUUUUUAAAAAAUGGUCUUGAAAUGACUGAAUUUAUUUGAUAAAUGCUACAAUAAGCCAAUGCUUUUUUACUGUAUUCAUGCAUGUGCCCAUUUAUGCUACAAGAGAAUAAUGCACUCGUGCUCUUAAGAAGUAGGACUUUAUCACAAAUACAUAUCAGUGAUAUUUUGGUCCAUUUCAAAGGAAGGAUGUUUGUUAUAUUAGAUCACACUAUGAGAAAGUUCUCUAGCUUCUUGUUUCAAGAAAGGUAAAUAAAAACAUUUCAAUGUAAAUUACUCCCAAAGGAUUAUGAACAUUUUAAUCUUUUAACUCCAGGCCCUAGCAUAGUGCCUCUUUUGAAAAAGAGUUAUUUAAAUGGGGACAUGCUGCUUUUAAAAAGUUUGUGUAAACAGUAUGGGUGCUUUCUGCAAAGAAAUGUUUUUAAUAUCCUUGAUUGUUAGCAAGGGGCACUUGAGUAUUACCACCUUCUAGUUAGGCCCUUGUAAGUAGCCAAUGCCAGAAUUAAUGCUUUAGUUGAUUGAGUUGAGAUUACAUUUCAUUUUCCCUUAAAACUCAGUGUUUGCCAAGAUUUGGUGAAAACACUUUUUGAGGAAAUUACUUUUUCUGAGCCUUAAAAGUGGCUGAUAGCAACAGUACUGUAAGAUGCACUGCCAGCAAAUAACUUUCUGUUUGGGUAUAUAAGUUUUUCCUUAGAAGGAUAUAAAAUGAUAUUUGUUUAGAACACGGUGGUUCCUUUUUUUUUUAAUUAAAAAAAAUUUAAAUGUGGCCCUUAAUUCUUCCUUUGGAGAAGUUUUUCCUUUUUUAAAGAGAAGAUGCCAUUUGAGAGAUCUUCCCUAUGGAAUCUUUACCUGACAGGUUCUGCAAGAGGCUUUUCUUCAAAAACUUGAUCCAUGUUUCCCUUAAAUGUCCUCAUUACUCAACUGUGCAGUAUCUGCAGUAAUCCUUGGAGUACCUGUUGAGUUUUUAUCGGUAGUCCGAUCUUUGUUUGAAACCUUGCUGCUAUAAACUGAAAACCUGAUUAUAGGUGAUGUUGAUUGUGCCUUUCAUCACUGUUCUUUCUGUGCCACAGCUGUCCACGUGUAUUUGAAAUAAAGAAUUUUUUAAAAAGUCAA